AUGUUCUAACCAAAUAGCAUCAGAGCUUUAAGGGAGCUAAAAUUGGAUAAGGAGUUAGAAAAGAAUACUAUGAUGUAGUAGCAGUAGAAUAAUUCCUUAAUAAAGAAUAAAAAAUCAAGGAGUGUUUCUAAUUCGGAAUUUAAAGAUUCUAAAAGUAAUUGUGAUAGUAGCGACUUUAGCGAAGAUGACGAGAUCUAAUAAAAUCAAGUUAGACCUUAAACAACAGAUGGAUCCUAAAAUAGAGGACUUAUGUAGAAUAACUCAGAAUAUUUCUAAAUGAUGAAAUAGCUUUUAGAAAAAAAUCCUUAUCAUCCUAUGAAUUUCAUAUUUGAUCACAAAGAUAUGAUUUAGGACUUAAAUCAGUUUAUUUAGGAAACGAGACAAUGGAGAGAAUAAUAGUAAAAGGAGUUAGAAGAAUAGCUUAAGAUGAAUAAAUAAAGAGCUGCCACAAGUGUAGAGGAAAAUGAAGAGCUUUAAAAAAAAAUAAAAGAACAAAAGGAAUUUGAAGAGUAUCUUGAAUAAGUGUAAUAGAUUUAAGAGCAAUACAACUAAGAUUUUAGCAACUAUUAAAAAUAUAUGAAAAAAACAGAUGAAAAAGAAAAUAAAUCUAGCACUAAUAGUUCUUAAGUCAAUGAUUAGGAUAGUAAGCUAUUCAAGCAAAUAGAAGAUUCUAAAAAGAAGAUUUCUUAAAUUGGAAAUAUUGAAGAGUACUUAUAAAAAGCCUAAAUUGAAGUAGAAUAUAAUAAAAUUAAGUCUGAAACAGAUAAAAACAAAUAGAUAAAUGAUUAUGAAAACGAUUUGAAUUCAGACGCUAAAAAAUAUGGUAUUAACGAAGAUAUUAUGGUAGGAAUAAGUGAGUGGGAAAAGUAGGUCGAUGAAUUAUUACUUAAUUUAAACGAAAAACCAAAUGACAUCACUCUUACAAGCAAACAAAGAAUUUAAAGUGCUAGAUAAAACCUCAAGAAAGAUUAUGUUCCUACUAACAAUGAUCAACUAGAUAAAGACUUAGAAGAGCUUGAUAAGGAGUUUUAAGAACUCGAAGAAAUGUUAGAGGAUGUUUCAACUUCUAACAUUAAAUGA